AGUAAGUAACAGCAAAAAUUAUUUUAACUCCAACCAGCUAAAUUUACCAUACGAAACUAGAUAACUUAAACAAUUAUAAAUAAUUAUCGCUAUAUAUUUACUGGUUUGCGAUAUAAUAGAUUUGUACUAGCAAACAUAUUUUGAUUCAAAUACCUACAUACAUAAUCUGUAAGUGUAUAUAUAAUAAAAGUAUCAUGGAUGACGUGUCUGAUUUAGUAAUGCAACAAAUUUCAGAGUUGAGGACCCGGUUGGGUGAUAAAAUUCAAGAUCUCGAUGACAAAUACAUCUUACGAUUUCUUAUAGCUAGAGACCAUGACAUUGCAAAAGCAGAAGAAAUGCUUAGAAAUCAUGUCGAAUGGAAGGAGAGGAUUGAAUAUGACCAGGCACACACUUGGAUAAUUGAUGACGUUGUACAAGAUUCGUUUCAAUUCUGCGUUGACGGAAAAGAUAAGGAAGGACGCCUUGUCGUAUAUUGCCCAGUUGGAGCUUGGCAUGGGAGACGAAUGCUUGAAGCAGGUCUGGGAAAAGAACUGGACCGUCAUUUGUACCACAUGGCCGCGUGCAUGGCCUCUGCUCUCGCAAAAUCCAAUGGCGAUAAAUUAGUCGGAAUUUUGGACCUGGCGGAAUUGUCCUAUUAUAAGAUUGCCCACUACGACACUGUGCAGCUAACUCUUCGCAUGUUAAGAGAACGUGAACAAAACUUUCCGGAAACGUUGGAGGCUGUAAUCAUAAUUAAUUCCCCGUGGGUUUUGGAUGUCAUAUUCCCUCUUAUAAAACCAAUUUUGGGUCGAAGUACACUCCAAAAAUUGGAAAUAUAUAACAGCUCACCGCAUAAGUGGAUGCCCGUGUUGCUAGAUCGGAUUCAAGGAGGAAAAUUUCCAUCCAUGUUCCUUAAGAAACACAAAUAUAAUAUGUGCCAUGGGUCGAAAAACAGUCCUCUCAAAUUUUCGCUGCAAAACAUUUAUUUUGCAACUAUUUAGGAAUUGAAACAAGACAAUAUUCAGCCAGAAAAUACUGAGGGUGCAUCAUAUUAUUUCAUAACAAAAGUAGCAUUCGACGAAUUUGUAUAAUUACCUUGUUUAAAAUGUUCCAUGGCGUUUUCCUGCAUUUGUGUAAAUAAAUGCAAAUGUUUUAGGAGA